CCUCGUAAACUGAUUGUUCUGGUGUAGUAUCAAGGUCUUGUUCAAUGUAUCAUUGCAGUUCCAAUUGCUGUCAAGUUUUUGUAUUUUGUUGAAGUUUAGGAAUUAAGUUGUGUUAUUGCAGGAGAAAGCGUUUUGUAAGUGAAUAAAAUUUUAAUGUCUGAUAAAUAGUAACGUUAGCUACGAUGAUAAAAUUGUUCUCGCUGAAACAACAGAAGAAAGAUGGAGAAGCCACUCCGAGGGCUGGUAGUCAUAAGAAAGCGUCAGCAGCUCAGUUAAGGAUUACCAAAGAUAUAAAUGAGUUGAAUCUGCCAAAGACAUGUUACACAGAGUUCCCGGAUCCUGAUGAUCUGCUGAACUUCAAAUUAAUGAUUUGUCCAGAUGAGGGUUUCUACAGGGGAGGACGCUUUGUAUUUAGCUUCAAAGUCGGUCCCAACUACCCCCACGAGCCGCCCAAAGUGAAAUGUGAAACGACCGUGUACCACCCCAACAUCGACCUGGAGGGAAACGUCUGCCUCAACAUUCUGCGCGAGGACUGGAAGCCGGUGCUCACUAUCAACUCCAUCGUUUACGGCUUGCAGUAUUUGUUCCUGGAACCAAAUCCUGAAGAUCCUCUGAAUAAAGAAGCUGCGGAAGUGCUGCAAAGCAACCGUCGACUUUUUGAACAAAACGUCCAGAAGGCCAUGAGAGGCGGCUAUGUCGGCUCGGUGUACUUCAACAGAUGUUUAAAGUGAUGAGCGAUGUUACGGGGGACAGGCGGAAAUGUGGUUUAUUCAAGCCUUUUGUUGUUUGUUUGUUUAUUUUUUAAAAGCUAUCCAUAGGACAUAACACAAUCAGAUUUAUCGUCAUAUUUUCCUUCAGUUAUCGCUGGCAGAGGUCACAGAAUAUCGACAGUAUGUGUUUAAGCGUUUUGUAUAUACUUGCGAGGGAAAUCUUCAAUGGGUCCUCUUUAAAUUAGUUAAGGGUGAUGUGUUCCGGACCCACGUUACUGAAAUAAAUUUUUUUUGGCAAGGCGAGGGGAGUGGGGCAAUUUCUUGUGGUUGUAAUUUGCUUCCUUGAAAAGGCAGAGCCUUAUUACGACUACAUAUGUAACAUUCACUGUGAAAUUGCUUAUAUUUGAAUGUAAAUAUUUUAAGCAAGAAGUUUUUUUUUUAAGUUUAUUGUAAUUUUUGUUGCACAGAAACAUAUUUUUCUUGUAAAUUAUGUGUACAGAACACGGAGGAAAGUUUUAGGGCUAUCUUAUUUCUUGAUAUAAAUUUUCAAAUAAUUAUAGUUUUGGUUGCAUAACAUUAUUACAACAUUUAGUGUUACAUUAAUCUGUUAAAAAUGAAGUAAGUGAUUGCGCCAAAAAGAUUGUAUUUUAUUUUGUUUAAACUUUUUUUUGGUGUUAUAAACGUUACUCUGUUGACAUUUUUCCAUCAUGAAGGCUCACUUAAGUGUUAGGGUAAGUGUGUGUGAUUUUAUCAUGUUUAUGGUUUUAACAUUACCUGCUUGUAUGUUGCGUGAUGUACAUCAAUCAACCUACAACAUUUUGCCACAGCUAAGGUUGGCAUUUACCUGCACUGUGAAGGCAUCGAACUUUACAGCAGGGGAAAACAAUAUUUUGAGAAGAAAAUAAAACUUCUGCUGCUACUAUAAA